AUGAGGAUCUUCCAGGCUAGACUCUCAAGUCAUAUAAAUCCGCAUUAUCAUCUCAAAAUAUGUGAGAAGAUAAACCACGUACCUCUAAAAAGACCUUGGUGUGGCGACAUUGGGCGAAUGGCAGUAGCAAAAUGUGACUACUGCCAAUUGUCAAUUAGCUUUUACUUUUCAAUCAUGGACAUCUCCAGAGACUUGGCUAUCUGCAUAUUUUUUUAUGUAGAGUACAAGGAAGAAAACGUCAAAAAGUACAAAAAAAUGCUAGAAAAAGAAGACUAUGAGAUUUGUUACAACACUAGGCCUAACGAACCCAUCGUGGUUAUGAAGAAGAGAAUUCUCCAUGAACCUGAUCGAUACCAUUUAUAUACGGAUAAAUGAUGACUUAUUCUUUUCUAAUAAAUUUGCACUGUAUUUUUUUUUUUAGCUGAUCGGACCCAUUUUGCAUUGUUUUUUUUUUUGUGAGCUUUCUAAUUUUUCAGUGUCGAUAUAAACACCCUCGGGUGCACUGGGCAAAGGUUUUCUAAAUCGCACACUCAGUGUGUCUGAACAUUGUGAUUGCUUUCACUGAUAUAUUAGCUGCACUAUAAUAAAAUUAUUUAUCAGGAGUUUCAGUAAAUGAUUAAAACUUGUUUGAAGGAUUGGGGGGAUACACAGUCUCUUCUUUUAUAGCUAAUAAGAGGCAAUCAAUAUCUCAUCCUCCUGAUGUAACAAAAAGAUAUACAGCGCUGUCAAAAAAGUAAAAAUCAUCCUACAAUGAGUGAAGGAAAAAACCAUGUGGGAAACGUUUCUCACGGAUUUAUUGCUUCAAAUAGG